AAAGCGGCGGCGGCACGUCCAUCUAGGGUGAAUCAUGCGUCUGCUCACCCACAACAUGCUUGUGUGCAACAUCAAGGCCUGUAUGGCCACGGCCAGGCAAGGCGACAACGCGCUGCCACUCAACUACCCGCUCAAGAUCGAAGUCGACAACGACACAGGCGUCGACAUCUCCGAUACCAACUACAGUAAAGACUUUGUCCUGCACAUCCUCAAGUCCAUCGACUGGACGGGCUUGGCGCAAACCGUUUCACAGCUCAACCAUCCUGAAUUGCCACAACUCCCCCAAGAAGUCCCAGCAGACAUUGAGACACGCGACGACAUCCUUCGUGCAGUGCAUCGCAUUAUCUUUGACACUACCAUCAUCGAAGGCGAGCUCUUGUGCAACAACUGCGGCCGCAGCUACCCCAUCACCAACGGCGUUCCGAACAUGCUGUUGGAGGAAGAUGAAAUGUAGAAGCCACCGACAACGGCACGGCUGAAUUCUAACACACCACGUCGCUCGAAUCAAAUGACAAAUAUUUAGUCUCGUUGCAUCAAGUCGAAGUAUUGCUCUCAGCCACGGGAGCGCAGCCUCUCCAAACUACACCGAACGUGCCUUGCUUCAGCCAAGCUUCACGCGCGACUGAGACACAACAGGACGCUUCACUUGCCUACAGCUAGCUCUGGUUCCUCCAAUCGGUCCGGCA